ACCACUGUGGCUGAUACUACUGUUGACGUCGAGACUACCACACAGGGUGUGACUACAUCUCUUGAAACAACUGUCUCUGAAGGUAUCACAACAGAUCAGGUAACAACUACAGCUUCUGAGACAUCAGCUGCUAUCAGCACAUCUGCUAAGACAACUGGUGCAGAGGCGACCACAACGGAUCAGGAACCUGCCACUGCUGAGGUCACCACUGUAACUCACUCUACAACAGACCCUGCUACAACUUAUGGAGAUGGUACCACCUUACCAGGUCAGACAAGCACUGCUGAGGUUACCACAACAGAUAGAUUAACCCCUGUUUCUGACAGUACAACUUCAGCAAAGACAACAUUAGUUGCCGAUACGACUAGCGCUGAGAGAACUGUUGUUACUACACAUGUCGAAUCGACAGUAAGCCAAUCACCUACCACCCUGGAAAAAUCAACAACAGUUGAACAGACUGAACCUGAGAUCAGCACUGCAUCUGAAAGUACAACUGUUGGUGAGACAACUGUAGCAACGACAAAAGAGUAUACAACCAGUGCCCAAGAAAGUACUUUCGCUGAAACUACAACUCCUGCACAGACAGCAGUUGCUGCCGAGACCACCACUGCAGCACAUACAAUAGAGGCUGCUGAGACCACAUCUGCAGCAAGCACAACUAGUCUUGGUCCCACUGUUUUGGAAACCACAUCGGACCGCGUUUCAAUGGUUUCAGAAGCAACAACAAAAGCUUAUGAAACAUCUAGUCCGGAAACGACAUCUGCUGGGGCCAGCACAGUUGUUCAAAGCACAUUUGUUGCUGAGACAACUGUUGCAGAUGUAACCACCAUCGAAGGUCCAACAACUACUCUGGGAGUAGGUACUUUAGGCAAAGUGACUACAUUGCCCGAGUUCACAACUCCAGCACAGACAACAUUUGAUAUUGAGAGCACAGCCGCAGCAGGGGAAACAAAAGUAUCUCAGACAGCAACUGCUUCAGAGAAAACCACAGCCGAUGUUGCGACAACUGCUAGAGAUGGUACUACCGCACCGGGCCAAACAAACAGUGUUGAGGUUACCAUGACAAAGAGAUUAAUCUCUGUUUCUGAAAGUACAACUCCAGCACAGACAACAUUUGAUAUUGAGAGCACAUCUGCAACAGAGACAACAAAGGUGUCUCAGACAACAACUGCUGCAGAGACGACCACAGCCGCUGUUCAGACAACAGGUCAGGAAACCGGCACUGCUGAGGCCAGCACUGUAGCUCACUCUACAACAGAUGUUGCGACAGCUGCUAUAAAUGGUACUACCGCAGCAGGCCAGGAAAGCACUGUUGAGGUUACCACGACAAAGAUUUUAACCACUGUUUCUGAAAAUACAACUUCGGUUGCUGAUACAACUAGCGCUGAGAGAAGUGUUGUCACUACACCUGUCGAAACGACAGUAAGCCAAGCAACGACCACCCUGGAGAAAUCAACAUCAGUUGAGCAGACUGAAGCUGAGGUCAGCACUGCAUCUGAAAGUACAACUGUUGACAACAGUUCAGGUUAG